AUGGAGAAUGGAAACCUGUCAUCUGUGACUGUAUUUGUCUUCACUGGGUUCCCCCAGCUCCAAAAUGGCGGCCUCCUGUUACUUUUUCCUUUACUUUUCAUCUAUAUUUUUAUUGUGAUUGAAAACCUGGUGAUCCUCUUUGCUGUAAAGUUGGAUGACUGUCUUCCCAAUACCACGUAUAAUUUCAUAAGUGUCUUCUCGUUUCUUGAGAUGUGGUACAACACAGCCACCUUCCCUAGGAUGCUCCCCAAUCUGACCAGUGAGAAAAAGAUAAUUUCCUUCAUCAACUGCUUUUUGCAGAUGUAUUUCUUCCACUCCCUUGGAACCAUGGAAGGGACCUUGCUGACUGUCAUGGCUAUUGACAGGUAUGUUGCCAUCUGUAACCCACUUAGCUACCCCCACAUUAUGACACCCCAGCUGUGUGCUCAGCUAAGUGCAGGAUCUUGUAUCUUUGACUUCCUCAUUCUUUUACUUGCAAUUGUGUGGAUUACCACCCUACCUUUUUGUGGCCUCAACCAAAUCCAUCAGAUCAUCUGUGAUUUCACCACUUUAUUGAAGUUAACCUGCAAAAUACAUCUUUAUGUGAUAGGUUUAUCAAUAUUAUACAUAUUUGAUUUUAUAUGCCAUAGUUUAAAAACUUGGGAUUUUAUGCUAGGAUUUGUGUAG